CCGGAGGGCGCUCCUUCUGGUGACUCCCUCGUUGUCCUGGGGGACUUAAAUGCUCAUGUGGGCAGCGAUAGUGAGACCCAGAGAGGUGUGGUUGUGAAGAAUGGUCCCCCUGAUCUGAAUCAGAGCUCGUCCAUAAUGAACACCAAGUUUAAGCAUAAAACAUAAAACCAUAUGUGCUCUUGAAGCGGAGCUGUCAUCUGACCCCUACCUGGUGGUGAGUUGGCUUCGAUGGUGGGGGAGGAUGCCGGUCAGACCUGGCAGACCCAAACUUGUUGUGAGGAUCUGCUUAGCUCCAAUUCUCACCAGCGACAGAAAUUCGAACAUGUGCCAGGGGAGGCGCGAGACAUUGAGUCCGAGUGGACCAUGUUCCGCGACUCCAUUGUUAAGGCGGCUGACUGUAGCUGUGGCCACAGGGUCAUCGGUUCCUAUCAUGGCGGCUAACCCCGAACCCGCUGGUGGAUACUGGAGGUUAGGGAUGUUGUUAAGCUGAAGGAAGAGUCCUAUCAGGUCUUUUAGCCUGUAGGACUCCAGAGGCAGCUGAUGGUUAUCACGCCAAGCGGAAUGUAGCUCAGGUGGUCGCAAAUGCAAAAACCCGGGCAUGGGAGGAGUUCAGUGAGACCAUGGAGCAAGACUCCCGGAACAGCUCUGCAGUAUUGCGUGGACAUCUGGGGCAGUUCCACUGGACUGGCCGACCGGCGUGGUGGUCCCCCUAUUUAAAAAGGGGGACUGCGGAGUGGGUUCCAACUACAGGGGAUCACACUCCUGAGUCUCCCCGGAAAGGUCUAUUCAGGGGUUCUGGAGAGGAGGGUCCAUCGGAUUGUUGAACCUCGUAUUCAAGAGGACCAAUGUGUUUUUCGUCCUGGCCGUGGAACACUGGACCAGCUCUAUACCCUUAGGGGGUCCUGGAGGGUGCGUGGCAGUUUGCGCAACCAAUCUACAUGUGUUUUGUGGAUUUGGAGAAGGCGUUCGACCACGUCCCUCGGGGGGCCCUGUGAUAUAUGGGGUACCAGGCCCUCUGAUACGGGCUGUUAGGUCCCAGUAUGACCGAUGUCAAAGCUUGGUCCGCAUUGCUGGCAGUAAUCUGGGCUCAUUCCCGGUGAGAGUUGGACUCCACCAAGGCUGACCUUUGUUAUCAAUUUGGUUCAUAACUUUUAUGGAGGUGCAGCCAAAGUGUUGAAGGGAUCUGUUUUGGUGGCCUAAGAAUCGGGUCUCUGCUUUUUGCAGAUGAUGUGGUCCUGUUGGCUUCAUCAGAACAGGAUCUCCAGCUUUUGCUGGAACGGUUCGCAGCAGAGUGUGAAGUGGCUGGGAUGAGAAUCAGCUCCUCUAAAUCUGAGACCACGGUCUUGAAUCAGAAAAGGGUAGAAUGCCUUCUCCAGGUGGGUGCUGCGUCUGCAGUGAUGCGGGCGUUGUACCGGUCUGUCGUGGUGAAGAGAGAGCCGAGUUGGACGGCGAAGCUCUCAAUUUACCGGUCGAUCUAUGUUCCUACCCUCACCUAUGGUCAUGAGCUUUGGGUAGUGACCGAAAGAACGAGAUCGCAGAUGCAAGCGGCUGAAAUGAGUUUUCUCUGCAGGGUGGCUGGGCUCUCCCUUAGAGAUAGGGUCAUCUGAAAAUUAAACACAUUACAUAUGGUUCAAUUAAGGGUAAAUAAAUAAUAAUGUUUGUGUAGAUUGUCAGCAAUACUUCUACUAAAGGGCCUGUAUUUGUAUAGCGCCUUCUUAGGGUUUGGCAACCCCCCAAAGCACUUCACAGCACAAUCAGUCAUUCACCCAUCCACACACUGGUGAUGAUGAGCUACGAUGUACAUACAGCUGCCCUGGGUGCAGAGACGGGGGCGAGGCUGCCAAGCACUGGUGCCACCGGUCCGUCAGAGUUGCAUCCAGAGGCGCAGACCUCGCUCUACCCAGCCACGGACAGCAGGUGGCAGCAACACGCCACUGCGGCUCCUGUUCUACUCUGAGACAGAAACGAAGAACUGUGCUGCGUUUGGACCAACCAGAAGCUACAAGAUUUUUCAACUUCGUUCUAACUAGAGACAUAUAAAAAAAGGCGCAGUCGUAUUCAUACAUCACAUAGGGUUUAUAAGCUAUGCUCCGAUAGCAUAUUAAAUAAAUAAAUUGAAUUAAUAGUGUGUUUUGUGCUUUCUGCGCUCUCGUGUCACCUAUCUACACAAAUCAACUCACUUAAUUCGACGAACUUCCUAUUAUCGAGGAACGGCAAACGCAGCAUUAUGUUGUCUUGUAUGAGCCCUACCAUCGUUGUCUUACAGAUGCAGCAGUGGGUUGGUAGGGUGAAACCUGAAUGACCAUUCAUGGAUCAGAUCGCAUUUCAUCAUGACACCGUCCUGUCAGAUGUUCACAUGCACCUGCCUGGUGCACGCCACCUUAUGACUCGCCUCAACAGCGUUGGACAACCAGUCUUUGUGUCCAGAUUUAAGGUUCUGGUUGAAGGACAUGAUAACAGUGACCGCGGAAAAGUAUUAGACCAGAAAGAGAAGCUCAAUGAUCCACAAGGAGACACAAAAACCUCACCUUGCCAAGAUGAGGAGAAAGAUGGUGAAGGAAAUGUGGAGCCAUUCCUGGAUGAAGAUGGAGACCUUGAUGUCCCACACCGACCACGGGAAAACUCUGCGGUUGGAGGUCGAGAUUUGGUCUGUCCUGUCAUUCUGAAACAGUCGAGCCCUGUGAUAGAGCUAGAGGAGUGUGAGGAGGAGGAAGAGGAUCGUUGUUCCGAAGGCGUUUUAAGGAUCGAGCACACUAUGGCUACAACCUUGGAGGAUGUUGGCAAACAAGUUUGGAGGGGGGCGCUCCUCCUGGCCGAUUUCAUCCUGUCUAAGCCAGAAUUAUUCAGAGGGUCUACGGUCCUGGAGCUGGGAGCAGGAACAGGCCUAACCAGCAUCAUCAUGGCCACCACAGCCACUAGGGUCUACUGCACAGAUGUGGGAGAAGACCUUCUGAGGUUGUGCAAGAGGAACAUAUCUUUAAACAAACACAAAACAGAGCCAGCAGGUGGGGAGGUGAGAGUAAAACAUCUGGACUGGCUCCAGCACAGCCUUUGUACAGACGCUGGUGUGGAGUUUAGUUGGACAGAGGAAGAAGUGGCCGAUCUGUAUGACAACACCAGAUUCAUCGUGGCUGCAGAUGUUUGCUAUGAUGAUGAUCUGACCGAUGGCCUCUUCAGAACUCUCUACCGACUCUGCAGCAGUUUCACUCACAGCUGCACAAUCUUCAUUUCUUUAGAGAAAAGGAUGAACUUCACUCUGAGACACAUGGACGUGACGUGCCAGGCCUACAACCACUUCAGACGCUGUCUGUCCCAGCUGCAGGACCUGAGUGACGGACGGUGCGUCUUCAGGGUGGAACAGGUUCCUCUAAGCUUCUCUCAGUUCCUGCUGUACGAACGCAUCGAGCAGCUGGAGCUGUGGAAGCUGAGUGCUGCUCUUCUCCCAUUGGUGGAUGUCCAGUUGGAUUCUGACUUGCUCUCCUCCUGACCAGAUUCAUCCCGUCAUAUUUCACUAGAUUAUAGUGUACAGGGAAAAGGAGAAGCCAGUUUUUCACCUGCUGCAUGAUAUGUUCUCCUCUGCUGUGUCUUCUCGCCCACAGAGGAGAUUCUGAAGGAUGUUGUAGGUUCCUGUCUCAGGAACCACAGGUCAGACCCUGGAACGUAGAAUGGGUCUUAAAGGAUCUGCAUCUGCUGUGUGGAACGACACCGAUAAACAUUAAAGCAGCACUACACAGUGUGUUCACUUAAAGGGUUGAAAGGUUAAGGUCCAGUCUCCUAGUAGCGGUUCAGAUCAUCUCUAACGUGCCGAACAACGGAAGAGUUCACUGAUUUAUUUACUUAUUUAUAGGGAUGCAAACAAUUAAAAGGAGAACAUCUACAUGAAACGG